AUGUGGGGCCAUCCGACUAUAAAAACCACAGGAUUGUAAACUUGAUUAGCCAAAAGCCAAGCAAGGGAUCCCUGUGUCGGCCAAACAUGGCUCCCAAGGAAGAAACCUUCAAGAAACUCCCCACCGACGCAUGAUAUGCUAGUCAAUAUAAUCUUCUCGCUCGCCAUAAAAUCUUUAUCAGCAGCAGCAGCGAGAUUGUUGAAGAAGAACGCUGUGAUACAUGGGGAAUUGCUUGUUUAAAGGAUUUGGGGUUGAAAUUCAAGAAAUGAUAAAAGUGGUCACAACAAACGGAGGAGUCAUGGAGCUCCACGCACCCAUCACCGCAGAGUGCAUAACCAACGAGUUCCCAGGUCAUGCCAUCUACCGUAGCCACGACCUCUCAUCUCCACCUCUCCCCCACCAUGAAGAGCUCCAAGGAGGCCAUCUCUACUACCUUCUCCCUAUCAGCACCAAUAAAAACACCUCCACUACUACAAAUACUACAGAUUCUAACAACAACGCCAUAAAUUCUACUUCGUUGUCCAAACUCGCACCCUAUCGCAUGUCUUUUGAUAAUCAGAGGGUACUAAAGAGAUUAACGGACGCUGUGGUGUUUCCGAGGUAUAACAGCACGGGGGUUUGGAAGGUGAAGCUGGUGAUAUGCCCAGAGCAGCUGGCGGAGAUACUAGCUCAAGAGGCACGAACAGAGGAGUUGAUAGAGAGCGUGAGGACGGUGGCUAAGUGUGGAAAUGGGGUCUCUUCUUCAGUGGCUAGUUCGGACCAAUGGAGUGUGUCUAGUAGCUGGAAAGGAUCUGGUGAGAAAUGUGGGGAGGAUGAUUGUUAGUACUGAAUUACCUUCGUAACUUAAUUAAAUUAAUUAGUUGUGUUUAUGUAUGUUUAAAGACUUAAUAGCCUUAGUAAUUAGCAUGCAUGAUAAAUGUAUUUUAUUAAUUUUCUUUUGAAUAUGGUAUAAAUUCUUUUCGUAUUA